UCUUUCUUUUGCUAGAACCGGUUCACUCACUAUUCUCAGUCCCCGCUCCGUGGCUGAGGAUGGAAAGCGGCUGCCGCGUUUCCCAUUACUGGCGAGGCUACGAGCUGGGGUUAUAUUCGAAAUUCCGAAUUUACCCCUACCUUGCUCCCCGGAAUUACAUUAAAAGACCCUCUCGAGGAAGCAGAGAGCAGCAGCUGCGGCGAACCAUCGCUGCCGGUUUUCCUCAAGUUUCCUCGUCUCAUCCCAACGCACCAAUGGUCGCCGAUUGUUUCAGUCAGCAGGAAGAUGAUCGGGAAUUUCAGUUGGAAGGAUCAUCCCCUGUAGCAGGAGGUAUAGUAGCUUUAGGAAAGUUUGAUGCUCUUCACAUUGGUCAUCGAGAACUUGCAAUACAAGCGUCAAAGGCUGGGAGUCCUUUUCUCCUGUCAUUUGUAGGAAUGGCAGAAGUACUUGGUUGGGAGAGCAGGGCUCCUAUUGUUGCGAAAUGCGAUCGGAAGCGGGUUCUUUCCUCUUGGGCGCCAUACUGUGGUAAUGUAGUCCCACUUGAAUUUGAGGUUGAAUUUUCAAAUGUUAGACAUCUCACUCCACGGCAGUUUGUUGAGAGGCUAUCCAAGGAGCUCAAAGUAAGCGGAGUUGUGGCAGGCGAGAACUAUCGGUUUGGGUAUAAAGCUUCAGGGGAUGCAGCGGAGCUGGUCAAGCUAUGCAAGGAGUAUGGGUUAGGUGCGUACAUUGUGAGCUCCAUCAUGGACAAAAGCCAAUGCUCCUCUGACGGAAGAAGUAAAAGCUGCGAUUUGAGGGAGAGGGGCCAGGUGUCUUCAACUCGCGUACGCCAUGCUCUUGCUGAGGGCGACAUGAAAUACGUGUCAGAGCUUUUGGGGAGGAGCCACCGUGUCAUGCUUACAAUGGAUGGCAAUUGUUUUGGCAACAUAAAUAGGAUGUCAGCUCCCAAGUCAUGUUUGUUGAACCAGCCGCCCAAGGAGGGUGUUUAUGAGAACUGCAUUCUACUGGUUGAUCAUGUGUAUGUGGGACCAUGCAAACUGAUGAUUGAUGAAACGGACAUCCAUGUGGAACUAAAUGGCGUGGAAGGUACACAGGCAUGGGUCCCAUUUCGGGACUGUCAACUCCUGGGCAUUGAGUUCAGUGAUACAGGAGGAGAUUGACAUGACAGUAUAUCAGAUGUGAUGGAUGGAGCUGUGAAUUUUUUUUUUUCCAUUACGCCCGAUGGUGCCGAUAUUAAGUUGUAUAGUUAAAUUGUGUUAAUCAAAGAAAUAGGACCACUCACUUGCAUGAUGCAAGGGUAUAAGUGUAACUAAUCAUCCAUUCUUUCACAUAAAUAUUUAUUGUGGUUUCAGUUGAUAGUUAUGAAAACAUUGCACCCAAAAUUCAU